AUGUCAAGCCCACGAGGAGCCGCCGACGCAGCUAGACCUUCCCUUCAAAGAGCCAACACAUCCAUCCUCUCUCAAAGUCUAGCAUCUAUACCAUCUUCCCCAGCCCCCCUCGCUGCGCCACCAAACCCCUCCACAAGCAAUCCACCACCACGUACAACAUCUCCAAACCCAACCACCUCAGAUCAAUCCACAGCCCAGCCUCAAACUGAGCAAACUACCUCUGCCCCCGCCCCUGCACCACCAACUCAGGCCCCAAACCCAACCAUCACAACCACCGCAACCACCACAACCCCCGCACGCCCACCGGUCCCAAUCUCCCAACUCCCCCACCGCCAACACCCCACAUCCUGGCAACCAGUCGCCGCACGCAUCCACCACCGCGACGACGACGUGCGCAGUUACUGUGCACCCGGAAGUAACGGGUGGGUAGAAUGGCAAGAGCGACGGGUAGCAGACAGUCAGGCCGAGGUUGGCAGGAUAGAUUAUAGCUGGGAUGGAGGUGAGAUUAUUGAUUAUGCGGAGAGGACGAGGUUGAGGAAGUUGAGGAGGGUGAGGACGGCGGAGUGGAUUGGUGGGUUGGGGGAGGGGCAUGCGGAGGGGGAGAGGAAGGAGGGAGGGAGAGGGGGAGCUGGGGAGAAGGAGGAGAGUGGUGGGGAAGAGGGUGGUGAGGAAGAGAAGGUGGAUGUGGGCGAUAGGGAAGAGAAAGAGGAGAGCGGUGAGGAGGAGAAGGUGGAUGUGGAGGAUGGGGAAGAGAUGGAGAUACACGAGGAAGCGGAGAUGCGAAAUGGCACCAACGGAACGGAGACAGACUCUGAGACAGAUUCUGCCGAAACAGUAAAGGAGAAGGUCUGGAAGGGGAAGGAGAGGGCGGUAGAGCAGGACUCGGAAGGUUCAUGUUCUAGUUGCCUGGGGGCGCAGGGGAAGAUAGAGGAGCAAGAAGGCGAUGUCCCAAAAGAGUGCACGAGAGGGCAGAAUGACGAAGACGAUGAUGAAAUGUCACAGACAGGCUCGGACAAAUAUCCUGAAUGGGUAAACAGUUGGAAAAAGGUCGUGAUGGCGUCUAGAGCACAGGUUGGCAGUCCUGCAUAUAGGGCAGCCGAGCAACGGCUCUCUGGUACUAGGCUCUCGUAUCGUCGUAAGGACCAGACUCAAGAUUUGCGGCCUACAUCACAUUGA